UAGGAGUUGAUGGUUAGCCUAGCAACCAACCCGGAGGGAAGCGGCUGUCGCGUGCAGAGGGGUGGCUGCUUGCUUGCUUGCUUGCCUGGGUGGGGGGCCGCCCUGACCCCCACUCAUGCCUCUCUCCCUCUCAGCCCCCAGCUUACCAAGGGCUACGUGGAGUCACCUGCACACACGGGAACAACCAUUCUGAUGUACAGGGAACAAAGUUUUUCACAGCAAGAUGGAAGUGGUGAAUUCACGCCAUACUGACUUCAGCAGCAACAAAGGAUCUGUUAGGAAAGUUCCAUCCCUUCUUCUGGGCAGCUUGGUGGAGGAGCCUAAAAAAGGAGCUGAUGUCCCCAAUCACCUCCUGGAAUCCAAGAUUUAUACAAAACUUGUAAGAAACAAUGUCAUACAGGCAGAACCAGCCAUAAUGCAUUAUGGAGGGUAUGAAAUUGAAAAACAUCACCAACAAAUUCUGAAACUUGUAAAUAUUUCUGGCGAUCUCAUAAACCUUCACAUUAUUCCACCCCAGACAAAGUACUUCCAGAUCAAGUACAGCAAAACACAUCGGCUUGUCCCUGGCUUGUCCUUUGCUAUUACAGUUGACUUCUGUCCUGAUGAAUGGCGAUAUUAUUAUGACUGCAUUCGAAUCCAUUCUCAGGGAGACAACACUUUGCUGGUACCGCUACAUGCCUAUCCUGUGAUGAAUGCUAUAGAAUUUCCUUCCUAUAUUAAUUUGUCUGAUGUUUCACUGGGACAGUCUAAGAAAUAUGUGAUCCCUUUGCAAUGCAGCUGUCCCAUAGAUUUUGAGUUUCACAUUGAGCUUCUUCAGCCUCACAAAGCCUUUACUGUUCAUCCAACAUCUGGAAUAAUUCCAGCCAAUGGGAAAGUAGAAGUAGUGGUUACGUUUAUACCAUUUGAAUAUGGAACAGCCCAAACCAAAAUUCAGUUAUGGAUUUCACAGUUUAACUCAAAACCUUACAUAUGUGCCUUCACAGGAACAUCAACACCACAUCCCAAUUUAACGAGAGAAGACUUUGAGAAGCAAGAAGCAUUUCUACAGAGAAAACCAAAGUCUCCAGAAAAACUAGUGGCAUGUCUGCCACAGAAGACAACACCACCCAAACAUAAACUCCUUAGCCCAUUACAAAAAGCACAGACUAUCAAAUAUAAAAAUCUGCAAUUCCCAGUGGAUUUGUCAAAUCCCCAUGCUGUGGCAACUGUUUUGAUUCAGGAGCCAGGCAAAGUGAAGUUCAAAUACUUAAGAGAAGUCCUAGGAGGACAAGGUGAUGGAGGAGCAAAAACAAAGCACAUGAAAGAAGCUGUUUUUGAACAGAAAGUCAAGCAGGACAUCCAAGAAGAAGAAACCAAUCAACUUAAAUGGCAGGUUCAUUUAGGCAAAGAUGCAAUUACUCCAGCUCUCAAAAAACAAAUUCUUGAGGAUCAGCAGAGAGAACUCCAACAGUACAAGAUUAAAAGAGGAGAUCCCAUUCUGGAGAAGGAAUUUCAAAGGAAGCAUGUUGAAAUCUCUCUCAAACGCAUCAUCCGAAAUGUCGAAGAGUGCCCAGAAUUCCAGCCUACAUUUGAUCACCUGCUUAACAACCCUUGGUACCAUAAAUAUUGGAAUCUUCGAAGGUUCCAACAAGCAGCUCGAAAGAUCCUGAUUAAUUGCCGACUAAACAAUGUGCUACAUUGGCUGCAUGGAUUAUAUAAAAUUGUUAAAGAGCAAGAGGAAGAAGAGAAGUUCAUAUUAGAAUACAGCAGUUCCAGAAUUGUCACAGCAAUAAAUGAGGAUGAAAAGAAAGUGCCUUUUGUACUAACUAGAAGUCGCUUGCUGCGUUUUGAAUUUCCCACUUACAAUCCACCUCGGUGGGCUGGUGAACUGGCACCUGAAGUUCUUGGUAUAGUUCCUGUCAAGUCUGCAGAAGUUCAGCUCAAACAGCUUCACCACUUCUAUGAACUAAAGGUCCCACAGCAUUUCAUCCUUAUGGGAUAUAAGCCAUUCUGUGUACACCAUUCAGCAACCUGUUACAAAGUUCAAAAAUACUCUCAGACUUUGAGGAGGGGUGCUGAGGAAGAGCUGAUCCCAGUAAUACCAGCUUCAGAAGAAGAACCUCCUCAACCAGAGGAAGCACUGGAUACCUCCUUCUUAAACCUUCAAGCUCCUCUAAAUUUGCUUCAUCCUCCAAAUGAUCAUCCACUUCAAGUUUUUAAUCCUAGCCCAGGACUGUAUGAAUUCAAAAAGCCAUUCCCAUAUUCAGAAAGCACCAUUGAAUAUCAUAUUUGCCCUGUUCCAAAAUAUGCCCUCACCAGGAAAUACCCCUUAAACGCCAGUAUUCCAUUUACACAAAAGAAAUUCCUCCAUCACAGGGAAAUCAUUCGUGGCGUAACUAACUGGAGAAAAUUCCCUUCAGUUAUCCAGUUAACCUUACCUAGUGCACCUUCUCUGAACAGCACAUCAGUACCCUACUGCACUGAUCCCUAUAAUUUAGACAUGAUUCCAAAAGAUGUACCUCCAUUUCUGGCUGGCUUGGAAGAGCAAGACAAAGAAAAUGUAAUUGAUGAAGUGACUGAAGAGGAGGCUGCAGUGUUACUUACACCAGAUAUGAUAAAAGCUGAAUUUCCACAGACUGACUUAUCAUUUGAUGAGACUAGAAGCAAGAAAGAAGGAAGUGACAUAAACAUAGACAAGGUAGCUUCCUGCACAUCUCUGAGUACUUCAGCACCAGCUUCCAGAGAUGUGAGAGAAGUUCUGGACUGGUAUUUUCUAACUCAGAGUAACAUAUUUGGACAAAGGCUGCAAGACAAGACUGAGAGUCUGAAAGAAAAAGCAAAUAAGAAACAUCUAAUCCUGGACUAGACACUAUCUCUCUGGCACCCCAUUUCAGUUUGCCUUAAUGUGUCAGCCAAACUUUCUGCAUUUUUAUGUAGUGUGGCUUCCUGUGAAAAAAUAAGCCAUAAAUGGUUAUAAUUUCACAUGAGGUCCCUUAACCAUAUUAUAUUGUAUGCAUUGGAAGGCAGUAUGUUUGCAUUUCCCUUCAGUACCUAUGUUUUGGUGGUUCAGGAAGCAGGUCACCAAACAGCAGGCUUGUGGGGCCAACUUUGCCCCUAAGCAUCCCAAGUGAUUAAAAACAUCACUGAUUGAGUGCUCCUUGUCCCCCUAUUCUUAUUAUUUUACCUAUGAUGAUUAGCCCUGGUAAACCCUUUGUGUAGCUGCUUUGACAACCAAUGUUGAUGUGUAGAUAUUUAUUCAUGUAUGUUCACUCCCUAGCUCACCACCCGCAAAUAUUCAUGCAUUGUGAUUGUUUUUAUAUGCCUUGUAUACAGUGUUAUGCAUUUUAUGUGAGAGCACUUUGUUGCUUUCAAAUAAAAUAUGGAAAUACACAUUCA